GCCAUCAGCAUCAGCAAAGCCAUAAAUACGCAAGAAGCACCGGUGAAGGAGAAACAUGCCCGUCGGAUCAUCCUGGGGACACACCACGAGAAGGGAGCGUUCACCUUCUGGUCCUACGCCAUCGGGCUGCCCCUGCCCAGCAGCGCCAUCCUCAGCUGGAAGUUCUGCCACGUCCUGCACAAGGUCCUGCGCGACGGCCACCCCAACGUCCUCCAGGACUGCCAGAGGUACCGCAGCAACAUCCGAGAGACGGGAGACCUGUGGGGCCAUUUGCACGACAGGUAUGGGCAGCUGGUGAGCAUCUACACGCGGCUCCUCCUCACCAAGAUCUCCUUCCACAUCAAGCAUCCCGAGUUCCCCCCAGGCCUCGAAGUGUCAGAUGAAGUGCUGGAAAAGACCGCGGGGACGGACGUGAACAACAUCUUCCAGCUGACGGUCGAGCUGUUCGACUACCUGGACUGCGAGCUGAAGCUGUCGGAGUCAGUUUUCAGGCAGCUCAACACCUCGAUGGCGUCAUGGCUGUUCCCCCCCAUCGCUGCAGGUCUGCCGGCCGACACACUGCAGGGCCACCGAGACCGUUUCCACGAGCAGUUUCGCAGCCUCAAAAACUUCUUUAAGAAAGCAUCCGACAUGCUGUAUUUCAAGCGGCUCAUCCAGAUCCCUCGGCUCCCAGAGAGCCCCCCGAACUUGCAUGUGAAGCCGGUGGUCGUCAUCCCCGAGGAAGCCCCCGAGGAUGAGGAGCCGGAGAACCUCAUUGAGAUCAGCACGGCUUCCACCACGGAGCCGCAGAUCACCUCGGAUAUAUUUGAGCAAACCUUCGGGCCACCCAACGGUAUUCGGGACGACAGGGAUGCACAGAUCGAGAGCCUGAAGAAGGAGGUGGACAUGCUCCGUGCGGAGAUGGAGAAGAUUAAACUGGAGGCGCAGCGAUACAUCACGCAGCUCAAGGCGCAGGUGAACAGCCUGGAGGGCGAAGUGGAGGAGCAGCGCAAGCAGAAGCAGAAGGCGCUGGUGGACAACGAGCAGCUGCGGGACGAGCUGGAGAGGCUGCAGAGGGCGAAGCAGGACAGCGACAGGUCCCAGCGGCUCUGUGCCGAAGCGGAAAAGAAAGCCAACGCCACUGAGAUCCGCUACACGAAGCUGAAGGAGAAGCACAGCGAGCUCAUCAACACGCACGCCGAGCUCCUGAGGAAGAACGCCGACACCGCCAAGCAGCUGACGGUCACGCAGCAGAGCCAGGAGGAGGUGGCACGCGUCAAGGAGCAGCUGGCCGAGAAGGAGUGUGAGCUGCUCUCCACGCGUGGCCUCGUCGAGGAGAAGGAGCUGCAGCUGAGCCAGGAGGCGGACAAGGCCACGAGGGAGAUCCGUGAGCUGCAGGGCAGGCUCCUGGAGAAGAGCAACCAGGAGCAGAGCCUGCAGCAGAAGCUACUGGAUGAGCAGUUUGGCAUCCUGCAGGAGACAGUGCGGGAGGCGGAGGACAUCCUCCGUGACGCGGUGGCCAAGCUGGACGACCCAUUGCACGUCCGCUGCACCAGCUCCCCAGAUUACCUGCUCAGCCGUGCUCAGGCAGCGCUGGAGUCCACAGACACCCUGGAGAACGGACACGCGCAGUACGUGGCCUCCAUGGCAGCAGCCCCCAACUGCUUUGGGGCCGUUGCCGUCUUUGCACCCCUGACGGCCGACCCCAUCGUGAACGGCAGCGCCACGUCCCACCUGGCUCCCACUGACCACGCUGACCGACUGACAGAGACGUGCCGGGACUGCGGGCAGCGGAGCCUGGACUACCUGGGCGAGCUGAAGGACAAGCAGACGCUGGGGCGCGCCGAGCUGGGGGACGUGCGGCGGGCGCUACGGGGGGUCCUGCAGCUGGGGCAGGAGCUGAGGCCCAAGAGCUUAGACAUCAAGCAAGAAGAGCUGGGGGACAUGGUUGAGAAGGAGAUGGCCUCCACUUCAGAGGCGAUUGAGGAUGCCGUCAGGCGGAUAGAGGAGAUGAUGAGCCAGGCCAGAAACAAGAGCUCCGGUGUUAAGCUUGAAGUGAAUGAGCGGAUUCUGAACUCCUGCACGGACCUAAUGAAGGCUAUUAGACUUCUUGUAAUGACAUCUACGAACCUACAGAAGGAAAUAGUGGAAAGUGGCCGGGGGGCAGCAACAACUCAGGAGUUUUAUGCCAAGAACUCGCGCUGGACCGAAGGGCUGAUCUCUGCCUCCAAGGCGGUGGGCUGGGGAGCCACGCAACUCGUGGAGUCAGCAGACAGAGUCGUCCUGCAUACGGGCAAAUAUGAAGAACUGAUCGUCUGCUCCCAUGAAAUCGCCGCCAGCACGGCUCAGCUGGUGGCUGCCUCCAAGGUGAAAGCCGAGAAGAGCAGCAGGAACCUGGGCCGACUCCAGGAGUGCUCGCGCAAUGUCAACGAGAUGGCGGCCAACGUGGUGGCUUCCACCAAGUCGGGGCAAGAGCAGAUCGAGGAGAAAGACACCAUGGACUUUUCGGGCAUGUCCCUCAUCAAGCUGAAGAAGGAAGAGAUGGAAACACAGGUGAAGGUGCUGGAGCUGGAGAAGCGCCUGGAGGGUGAGCGGGUGCGCCUGGGCGAGCUGAGGAAGCAGCACUACGCCCUG